AUGAUCGCUUUAGGCGUCGUACUGCCAGUCAAUAUGCAUUGGCUUUCACGGCAUUGCUUUACUGUUAUCUCUUUAUUCUUUUUUCUUUCUUUAUCUCUGUUCUUCCUUCAUUUUUUCAUCUCUUCAUUUUCUUUCUUUCUUUCUUUUCCCUUUUUCAUUUCUUUCUUUCUUACUUUCUUUUCAUCUCUUUCUUUUUUCAACUCUUUAUUUCUUUUCACCUCUUUCUUUCUUUCUUUCUUACUUUCUUUUCAUCUCUUUCUUUUUUCAACUCUUUAUUUCUUUUCACCUCUUUCUUUCUUUCUUUCUUUCUUUCUUUCUUACUUUCUUUUCAUCUCUUUCUUUUUUCAACUCUUUAUUUCUUUUCACCUCUUUCUUUCUUUCUUUCUUUCUUUCUUACUUUCUUUUCAUCUCUUUCUUUUUUCAACUAUUUCUUUAUUUCUUUUCGCCUCUUUCUUUUUUCAACUAUUUCUUUAUUUCUUUUCGCCUCUUUCUUUCUGUCUUUCUUUCUUUCUUUACUCUGUUCUUUCGGAAUCUUUUCCUAGUAGCAUUUCUUAUAAUCCUGCCAUAAUCGCUGCCGACCUCCACCACUUCCAGCCACCAUAA